UCAUCACAAAUCGCCUCCAACGCUCAUCGACCGACACGUGUCCUUCUCUCCCCUCCGAUUUCUCUCUCUUCCCACCUCCAAAGGACCAAGCUUUAGAGAGAGGGUAGAGAGAGAGAGAGAGAGCGAGAACGCCCCAUUUCUUCUCUCCGAACCCUAAUUCGAUCCCCAAUCGGAUAUUUUCCCGCCGAAUCUUGAUCGUUCUCACGAAUUCUACAGAUCAGAUCUCGAGGGAGAUCUGAAUUGCUUGUUGACGAGUUGAGGUGGAAAGUAUUCUAUAUCUGCAACAGUCAUGAAGAAAGCCUUCGACCAGACUGUUCGCGACCUCAAGAGAGAGGUGAACAAGAAAGUUCUGAAGGUGCCUGGCAUAGAGCAGAAGAUUCUUGAUGCGACUAGCAAUGAGCCUUGGGGUCCUCACGGAUCCCUUCUAGCAGAUAUUGCACAAGCGACUCGUAACUAUCAUGAAUACCAGAUGAUCAUGCAUGUAAUAUGGAAGAGGCUUAAUGACACUGGAAAAAAUUGGCGACAUGUUUACAAGGCUUUGACUGUUUUGGAGUACCUCAUUGGUCAUGGAUCUGAACGUGUCAUUGAUGAAAUCAGGGAACAUGCUUACCAGAUAUCAACCUUGUCCGACUUCCAGUAUAUUGAUUCUAGUGGAAAAGACCAGGGAAGCAAUGUAAGAAGGAAAUCUCAGAGUCUUGUUGCUCUAGUAAAUGACAAAGAAAAAAUACAGGAGGUUAGACAGAAAGCCCUCGCUAACAAGGACAAAUUCCGUAGUACAUUUUCAACUGGUGGUAGGAGCCCAUAUUCUGGUGGUGGAGGCUAUGGUGAUCGUUGUGAUGAUGAUCGCUAUGAAGGCCGAUAUAGAGAUAGUUAUGAAGGCCGCUCCAGAGAUAGUUAUGAAGGCCGAUACAGAGAUGAGGAUCGAAAUGGGUAUGGAAGAGAAAGAGAUUGGGGUUCCAGGGAUGAUGAAAGAUACGGAAGAGGUGAUUCAUACAACCGAGAUGGAGAUCGCUAUGGUAGAGAUUCUGAUGAACGUUAUAGAAGAGAUAGUUACAGAGAUGAUGACUACAGAGGCCACAGCAGCGAUGACUCCCAGUUUGGUCCAAGAAGCAGGAGCUUGGAUAGAGAUAGGGAUCGUUUUUCAGAAGAGGACGAUCGUUAUUCAUCUCGUAACAGUGGUGGCAGAGGUGACGAGCCAUCUCAAGAGGAAAGCCGACUUGAGCGCAAGCUUUCUGAGCAAAGUCCGCCUCCCAGUUAUGAAGCAGCAACAAAAGAUACUCGUGACCAUGUGCAGGAUGAACGGGGUGAUGGGAAUGUCACUCUACCUACGACAAAAGUAUACUCGCCUCCUGCAACUAAAGUAAACUCGAGCACAAGUCCAGAUCCUAAUCAGUCUGCGAUAGGUGCUUCUUCUUCAGCCUCAAAAAAAGAAGGUGACGAAUUUGAUGAAUUUGACCCCCGUGGUUCUGUUCCAGCUACCUCAGCUCCAGCAAGUGGUUCAGGAGUUGACCUCUUUGGAAAUCAAUCUCCGAUAGAUCCAAUUAAUUCAUUGGCUCUGGUUCCAGUGAGUUAUACUACCACUUCAGAAGUUGAUAUCACAGCAGAUUCAGGUGUUGGAACAAACUUUGUGCCUUUGACAUCAGCAUCAAAUGCAUUCAGCCAGCCAAGUGAAGAUCCCUUUGGAGACGGUCCAUUCAAGGUGACAACAACACAACAAAAUUCUCAAGCUCCACAACAGGGGUUCGCACCUGCUACUACUCCAGCACCGGCAGCCUCAAAGGUGGAAACAGCCCCAGCCUUUGAUUUUGGGGAUCCCUUGGGUGGUCUCACAUACACUCCUACUGUCACAAAUGGUCAUCAACAGUUUACUCCAAACCCUCCAUCUUUGUCCAAUGAUUUUCCUAUGACUCAACCUAACAAUGGUUCGCUUGGUGGGAUUCCUCCGUCGGGAUCCUCUGGUUUAUAUCCUCAACAGCCAUAUCCACAACCUGCAUAUCCCUCAAAUACGCAAAGAGCAAAUAUAAAUUAUCCUUCACCGCCAUCCCAACAACCCGCAUAUCCUACAAAUAUGCCUACAUCGAAUAUGAACUACCCCCUACAAUCUGGACCAUCUGCCGGAUUGGCACCUCAGCCUGUCCCUGCACCAAAUCCUACUCCUGUAAACUAUCUUACUCAACCAGGAUCAUCUUCUCAGUCUGCGAUGCAAACAGCUCUUACUGUACCUGGACAGCCUGCACAACCACCAAAAGACAAGUUUGAGACCAAAUCUACGGUUUGGGCUGACACUUUGAAUCGAGGUCUAGUUAAUCUAAACAUUUCGGGGGCUAAAGUUAACCCAUUAGCGGAUAUAGGGGUCGACUUUGAAGCCAUAAACCGGCAGGAUAAAAGGAAAGAGAAGAGCUCUGCAGCUCCUGUAGCAUCUACAAUAACCAUGGGCAAAGCUAUGGGAUCAGGUUCUGGCAUUGGUAGAGCUGGUGCUGGUUCCCUUGCUCCUUCGAACCCCAUGAUGGGCUCCGGGAUGGGCAUGGGCAUGGGCAUGGGCAUGGGCAUGGGCAUGGGAAGAGGCAUGGGCAUGGGUGGCUAUGGUGGUGGUAUGAAUCAGCCUAUGGGGAUGGGCAUGGGCAUGAACAGGGGCAUGGGCAUGGGCAUGGGCAUGGGGAUGAAUAUGGGCAUGGGCAUGAACCCCGGAGCUCAAAUGCGCCCUCCUGCUCAAAACCCUGGCAUGCCCGGAGUUGGGUAUAAUCCGAUGAUGGGCGGCUAUGGCUCACAAUUGCCACAUGGAGGUGGAGGAUACAGGUGAGGUAUUUUUUUUACUCGUUCAUAGUCAACGACACCAUCAUGUAUUAUUGGUAAUUUUGAGUCUGUAGAUUUUGGUCCUUACUAUUUCUUAGCUGUGAUUAUUGAGAAUGUAUCCUGUAAAAGAUUUGUUCUACGAAAAUGCUACAAACUGUGCUGUAUGAAGAGUUGGGCUGUGCCUAUUCGAGGGGGGGAUGUAUUUGGAAUUGGUUUAUUUGUAUUGGUGUUUUUGGUGAAUUAAGUGAAAUAUUUAUUGCUGCA